GGCCGCAAAAGGAAACUUUCCAGCAUUUUGCUUACGAACAUGUGGGUCUGGAGAUGAUGUUUGUCCUGCCAACACCACAUGUUUAAUGAGAAACGUGUUGGGCGCUAGCAGAAAUGUGUGUGAUUGCUCAGAUGGAGCAAGACGGUCAGCCACGGCACAAUGUCUAGAUAUCGACGAGUGUACCGAAUAUCCAGGCGUAUGUGGAAACAACUCUGUUUGUACAAACACAGACGGUAACUACACGUGCGCAUGUGGGCAGGGAUACAGACAAAUAGACGGCGAAGAGGUCAGGUGCAUCCUGGCCACAGAUUCCUCGGCGUUGGCGAUUGGUCUGACAGUUUGUGGGAUGUUUCUUCUGAAUAUCAUCAUCCUCGUUGUUGUUGUUUUAAGGAGACGAAAUCGUCGGAGGGAAUAUGAAAGUGAAGAUGUCAGCUUUAAAAUGGAGGAAAAACGAUCCUGUGUCACGAGGCCAGCUUACGAAGACGUUACUGGUCAAUCUGUACAACAAAAACUAGGAGUAUCCAAUCUGACUUGCCCGGAAUCCGUAAUACUACCGGAAGAGUCAAGUGUCACUUCUGUGGACGACAGAUACGAGGAUGUUGACUUGCCUUCGCAGCCAGAGCUGUUUAAUUUAAUUUAAUUCAAUGUAAUUCCCGAAUUUAUAAAUUUCGUUAUUUACUUACUGUAGGAAUAGAUAUACAUAAUACGAACAUAGCUAUGUAAUCAUGUAAAUGUACAUGUUGCAGUAAUGUUUAUCCUUCAGACAUCUUUUACUUUGUAGUUUUGCAGAAUAGUUUUGUAAUACUUGAAGAAUUCCUUUGGGCGUUGAUAAAAGUCGUCACACAGGAUUUGUCAAAUGCCACAAUGCAAAUUCGGCGAACUCUUAAGCUGAAACCGUCCACUUCAUUUACGAUCUCACACUUUUUUUUCCACUCUCAAAAGACUGAUAUCAUGUUUUACUACAUUAUGUUACCUAGAAAAUAUUUGUCACCGUUGUGACAUAAUCUACAUACAGCAUUCUGUAAUAGG